CAAGCGGACAGGGGUCAGAAAGAAUCAGGGAUGAAAAGCGAGACGGUCCUUCUCCUCUUGCUCGUCGGCUGGUCCUCCGGAAGGAGUUACGAAGGAAAAGAGCUCAUACCUUACCGCAUUUUGAGGUUCGGUGAUAAAUUGGUGUUGACGAAAUGUGACCGUGGCAGAGGUUGUAAAAAAAGUAAUGGUUUCGCCACCGUCCCGUGGGGUUCACCGAUGGACGGACACAACAUGAAAGUGAUCUGCCCGAUGCAGGAUGACUAUCUUGAAUCGAAGGACCUCUCUUCACUCCACGUACCUGAAUGGAUGAAGACGCAUGAAGACCCUGUCGGACGCUGUCCUGUCAGGCUUAAGAGAGUGGUCGACCACAAUCGGGUCUGGCCGCCGGAGCUGAUCGCCGUCGAAUGUGCCUGCGAAAGGUCGAGAUGCACCAUGCGCGGUUCGCACGUCUGCUACACCGUCUACAUCGCCAGGUCGGUCAUUAGGAAGGAAGAGGGCCUUGUGAAAGAGCUGGUUGCAGUCGACUGCAUCUGCGCGGCGCAAAGGGCAAGGCUCAUCAAACUAAGUGUACCAGAAAUGGUUUCAUAACCCGUUCUUGUAUCUAAAGUAAAAUCCAAUAAAAUUAUGCAAUUGUG